UUGAAGGGAUCUAACUAUGCUGGUCUGCUGGAGCGGCAUCGCAUUCAUACAAAAAAUGUGGAGCACAUUGUAGACAGUUUGCGGAACGAGGGGAUAGAAGUUCGUCUUGUUAAACGUCGAGAAUAUAAUGAAGAGACAGUUCGGUGGGCAGAUGCUGUUAUAUCAGCAGGAGGGGAUGGUACAAUGUUAUUGGCAGCCAGUAAGGUCUUCGAUAAAUUUAAACCAGUUAUUGGAGUAAAUACUGAUCCUGAAAGAUCAGAGGGUCACUUAUGCUUGCCUGUGAGAUAUACACACUCAUUUCCUGAAGCACUACAGAAGCUUUAUCGUGGUGAGUUCAGGUGGCAGUGGCGGCAAAGAAUCCGACUGUAUCUUGAAGGAACUGGUAUUAACCCAACUCCUGUAGACUUACAUGAACAACAGCUAAGCCAAGAGCAACACAGCAGGGCUCACAUAAAUGAAAGAUUCCAGGAUCAAAGAUCUGACAUUUCUGGUCCGCAUCUUUUACCAGUGAGAGCACUCAAUGAAGUCUUCAUUGGGGAGUCUCUCUCAUCCAGGUAUGCUGUGUGUUCUGUCUUAUUCAGGGAGAACUUUAAGUCCUGCAAACCCAGUUUUAAAUUCUCACUUCAUAGGGCCUCCUAUUAUGAGAUAUCAGUUGAUGAUGGUCCUUGGGAAAAACAGAAGAGUUCAGGGCUUAACGUGUGUACUGGAACAGGAUCAAAAGCAUGGUCCUAUAAUAUUAACAAGGUAGCAAAUCAAGCUGUUGAAGAGAUUCUUAAGAUCGCUAAAAAGCAUGGAAGUUUGAAUAUGCCAUUGAACAUGGAACUAGUACAAAAAGUAACAAAUGAUUACAAUGAGUCCCUGCUCUACAGUCCAGAAGAACCAAAGAUGUUUUUCAGUAUUCGGGAACCUAUUGUAAACAGAGUUUUCUCAAGUAGCCGUCAGCGUGGCUUCUCUUCAAAAGUCUGUGUCCGUUCCCGUUGUUGGGAUGCAUGUAUGGUUGUAGAUGGAGGAACAUCUUUUGAGUUCAAUGAUGGGGCAAUAGCUUCAAUAAUGAUCGAUACAGAGGAUGCACUGUGCACUGUUCUGCUGGAAGAAUGAAAGACCCUAGUGUCUUCUGCUGAAACAAUUCUGGAUCCAAAGAGGGAACUUCUGGGGAUAGACAGCACAUCACAAUGCUGCAUUAGGUUGGAAGUUGGCCUUUUUGGAUGCAAGAGCAUUUG